UUUACCGAUCAAAGAGAAUAAUGAUAAUAAUAACAAUAAUGGUGAUGAUGAGAGCGACACUGUUGACAAGAAUAGUGAUAAGAAUAUCAAAACGAACACGCCCAAGCCUUCUUCCAUGGCUACAAGUAGUAAGAAUAAGAAGACAAAGAAGAAGCAAAUAGCUACAGCAUCAACAGCAUUAAUAUUUGGGACAAUCCUUGGCCUCCUUCAAGCGUCAAUCCUUAUAUUUGCUGCAAAACCUCUAUUACUUGCAAUGGGUGCGAAACAAGGCUCUGCUAUGCUGAUUCUCGCGGAAAAGUACUUGAAGUUAAGGGCAUUAGGGGCUCCAGCUGUUCUUCUGGCUUUGGCUAUGCAGGCAAUCUUCCGAGGUUUCAAGGACACCAAAACUCCCUUAUAUGUUAUUGUGCUCGGAUAUGCUCUAAACGUGGGUUUGGAUCCAAUACUUAUAUUUUACUGCAAGUUUGGCCUCAAAGGUGCAGCUAUGGCACAUGUCAUCUCACAGUACUUGAUGGCACUGGCUCUCUUGCUGAUAUUGAUGAAAAAAGUAGAUCUCUUACCUCCUAGUAUUAAGGAUUUGCAAAUCUUUCGCUUCCUUAAAAACGGAGGGCUGUUGUUGGCAAGAGUAAUAGCAGUAACAUUCUGUGUGACAUUUGCUGCUUCAUUAGCAGCAAGAUUGGGUACAAUUACAAUGGCUGCUUUCCAAACUUGUCAACAAGUUUGGAUGACUUCUUCUCUUCUUUCUGACGGUUUAGCUGUUGCAAUUCAGGCAAUUCUAGCAUGUUCUUUUGCUGAGAAAGACUAUGAGAAGGCCAAAGCAGCAGCAGUGAGGGUUCUCCAAAUGUCUUUUGUGAUGGGAGUAGGACUAUCUCUUGUCGUUGGAAUAGGAUUGCACUUUGGAGCAGGCGUCUUCUCCCAAACCCUCAGUGUUCUCCACCUUAUCAAAAUUGGCCUCCCCUUUGUAGCAGCAACGCAACCAAUCAAUGCAAUAGCUUUUGUGUUUGAUGGAGUCAACUAUGGAGCAUCUGACUUUACGUAUGCUGCAACUUCUUUGGUAAUAGUUUCAAUUGUAAGCAUUGGAAUAGAAUUUGUGAUGUGUAAGAUGAAAGGGUUCCUUGGCAUCUGGAUUGCUUUGACAAUAUAUAUGGCUCUUCGCAUGCUUGCUGGUUUUUGGAGGAUGGGAACAGGAACAGGACCAUGGCAUUUUCUUAAAGAAUAAGAGCCAUAAUGCAUUUGAACUUGGGAUAUAGUUAUAGUUA